GUGUAGUACCUGCACCUCGCUGCAGAGAGUGGCCAUUAUUAUGUGGGCUCAGCUUUGGUUAUUAUACCAAUUGUGGAGUUUCUUUUUGAGCACAAUUGUUCAGGCAGUUGCACACAUGGCCAGGUAACGUGGGUGGAAACAUAUAUAAUGGCCUCAAUUGCCCUAGGCUUGUCCAUACAAAUCAAAAAAUUUAAAAAUGGUUUUUGGAUUCGGUAAAGACCAAUGACUCCUAUGAUUCUAGCAACAAGAAGUCUGGAUCCUACUCUAACGAUGAUGACUCUUACGGUUCUGAAAAGAAGAGCAGUUACGGAUCCUCUAAUUCAACUUCUUAUGGUUCCUCAAACUCUGAUUCUUAUGGUUCAUCCAACAGAAAGAAGGAUAACGAUGACGACUCUUACGGAUCAUCUAACAGAAAGAGCGACAACUAUGGUUCUUCGAACUCUGAUUCUUAUGGUUCAUCCAACAGAAGAAACGAUGACGAUGACAACUCUUACGGCUCAUCUGGCAGAAAGAGCGACACUUAUGGUUCCUCUAACUCUGACUCGUAUGGUUCAUCGAACAAAUCUGGAAACAGUACUUUCGGUUCUUCUGGUAGAGACAAUGACUACGGUUCCUCCAAGAACGAUUCUUACGGUUCCUCUAAGAACGAUUCCUACGGUUCUUCAAGAUCGUCUAACAAUGAUAACGAUGAUUCUUAUGGAAGUUCAAACUCUUACGGUUCGUCUAACAGACGUAAUGACAAUGAUUCCUCCAAUUAUGGAUCGAACUCAAACUCUUACGGAUCCUCUAACAGAGAUGACGAUUAUUAGUUACUAAAUGUUGUGACUUCCCAAGCAGCGGAGUUCAAUGAAUAUAUCUAUAUGAAUGACAACUAAAUGACUUUGCGAAGACGUGUAGAUCAGUUACAUAAUUUUUGGUUGUGUUGCAUGCAGCUCAAUUUACUUCUGUAGUAUCGUAAAAUAAGUC